GCUGUCAAAUUGCACCAGACAGCAUAUCGCAGCAGACAGCGAGCAGAACAAGCGUGGAAAAAACGUGGAUUGCGGUGUAGGAAAACGAUCAUCGUGAAGAGUCCUAAUUGUAUCGUAAAAUUUCGUUUGUGAAGUGAAAGAUUCGUUAAUUGGUUGUGCUGUAAGUGUGGAAAACAAACAUUCAACCAUGAAUCAGGACGAGGAAGUUCCAACGAGAGUGACUCGUGGUGCUCUUCGUCGGCGUUCGGUUGACCAGGAAGCUACCCCGCAGAAGCCGGCCGGUGCAGCCACCGGUGGUACGCCAAAGAAAUCAGCCAGCACCACGAAGAAAGUUAAUGCCUUGAAUGCGAUACAGGAGACCGAAGGCCGUCCGUCUACACCGACUGUGGGGCGCAAUACGCGCCGUCGUAUGUCGGAGACGUCAGAUACCCCAACAAUCUUGCCCAACAAGCUGGUGCAGAAUCUGAAGGAAGCUGAAAUCGGUGCCGAACCGGGUCGACGUUCGCGUAAUACAUCUCUCACGGAGGAGAACUUGAACGAGCUGAACGCUGCAUAUGAGGGAGGCAGCAGUGUGUUGCCAACCCGUUCACGUACGCCAGCCCGCCUCCGGGCGUCGAACGAAGCUCUGGCCUCAAUGAACUCUCCACAACCGGCUGUACGUCGCUCCACUCGUCGCAACAGUGUCACCUCCGAUGACGGUUCCGUACAGUCGCUUCCUGUCACUACCCCGAAGCUUACUUCCGGUUUGCGUGUGCUGAAGGAUGACACCAUCAUCGAAGAGGACGCCAGUGAUGAUCGAGCUGAAUCGGUAUCAUCGGAGGCAUCGACGCGAACUACCCGACGCCAGUCGACAGCAGCGAAGAAAUCAGCUUCACCCAGUCCUCGUAGAACUGCUGAGAGCCCUGUGAGUAGCGUGAAAACGGAUGCAACACCACCUCGCGCAAUGAAAACUCCGCGCGUAUCAUUGUCUCCACUAAUGUUGCCCAAAGGGUCGCCACGUUAUAAAAACGUUUCCUUCUGUGACGACUCCAAACAGGAUGACAGCCAUAGUUCUUUCCCCAAAACGCCUACAUCGGUGUCGAAGGAAGUUGUCAUUGUCGUGAAUGAUUUACGCAACUCCGAUCUCAAAGGAGUGUCGCCGAAAGUGGACAGAGAAGUUAAUUUGCCUGGGAAGUCGGAGCCAACUGGGGAUCAAUUGAAAUCAAGUGCUAAGUCUCCGAAGAGCGAGAGUUUCGUAGGCGACUCUGUCCCAGAGAUGAAAGCGAACGAUGAAUCAAGCAGCAUUGCAGCCUCUCCCAAACCUGGAAAGGAUACGAUCGAGCAGCCUAACUCGACCAGCAAGGAUAAAAUGAAUUCUUCAUCAACUGUUCUGAUCGAUAAUGGCACUGAGGCAAUCGAUAGCUCUAAUAAUGUCAGUGGAAUUGAGUUAUUGGAGUCGUCUGUGGUGGAAAUUUCAGACAGCAUAAUGGAAGCUAACACCAGUGUCAAAGAUACCAGUAGUGUAGCGAACAAAUCCACUUCGGAGGGAGAGAAACUUUCACAAUCUUGGUCACAAUCUGUUCGACGCUCCGCUACCAAGGGCAUUGAUGAAUUCAGCGUCCGAAAGCAGGAAGAACAAGAGCGACUGGAAGAGGAGACAGAAAAGCUUCAAAAAGCACCACUGAAAUCGCCUUUAAAGCCACGCUCGCCGGCAGCCAAGGCUGCAUCAGCCGAUGAAAGCAUCGAUGAAGACAACGAUGAUGAACUGGAAGACGAAGAAGAGGCGCAGGAUAAAAAUGAGUUGUUGGACGACGAGGCGGUAGAAAUGGAGGGUUAUGAGUCAGGCGAUUCGUUGGCCAGCGAUUUGAGACGCGAAAUGGAGGAAAAUGAAAUUAUGGACCAGGGUGAGGAUCUGGGCAGUGAAGAUACGGAAGAGAACGAUGAACAGGAGGAGGACGAGGAAGACGGCAAUGACUCGUGGAUCGUUUCGUCUGGCGAUGAGGCAGAACAACUGAACGAGGAUGAACUGUUGAAGGAUACGGAAGAUGAAGAUCUGCAAACGAAAAACUCUAGUGUGAAGGACAAGGAAAAAACGAAAACUCCCAAACGCCGACGAAUUAUAGAAAUGGUUGAUGAUAGUGACGAGGACACGAAGGCUUCGGACGAGGAACGCAAGGAAACCGCCAAGUCUCCAAGGAACUUAAGUUCCAAACGUUCGUUAACACCAGUUGGAGGCAAAGAAAAUAACACUCCCACCAAAAAAUUAAAUCUUUCUCAAAUUAAUGAUGCUGUCAAAAACAAGGAUCAGGAUAAGCCUGCCAAUAAUACACCAGCUAAAAAUGAUACCUCAAUGGAAUCCUCCACCGAUGAGCAGCAAGUGGGAAAUAAUGAGACCAUGCUUCCAGCCACACCUGCUCAUAAAACGCCCUCAAAGGAUACAGGAGCUGCAUUGCAUUCAGCCACAAAAUCAUUAUCGAAUUCAAAGCACGGAAAUGGCGAAAAGGAGGUAGCUGCAGAAGAUGAUGAAAACGAUACCAGUGGGAAUAGUGAGACAAUGUUUCAGGAUGCUGAGGAUGGUGGGGAAACUGUGCAAAAAAGCGAUGAUGCGAUGGAAAAAGAUGUCUCCUUGUCUAAAUCACCUACAAAGUCUGUCAUUGCAUCUCGCAAAAGUUUUCCAGCUGCUUCUAUAACCACGAAGGACGUAAUUGGUCGUAAAAGCCUCCCCGCGAAUGCUAAUAUGCAAGCCGCCAUCCAGUCUGAAACAGACGAAGGUGGUGAGUCCAGCCAGCCAGACGCGACUCAAAAUGAUGAAGUGGAAGAAGUAGAAGCUUUGGUGGAGAACGUUGAGGUUGAAAAUGCGGAACAUGAUAAAACACAAGCUGAACCUGCGCCAGCCGAAUUUACGCUGGAUCAACCUGCGGAUGAAGCGCCAACAAAACCGGGAAGAAAAUCUAUGCCCGCCGUACCGCUGAUUUCUGCACAGUUUUAUAUCGGAGCAUCGAAGAAACGGGCUACUAUUGCUGGUGGUGAGGAUGCUCACGUCCAGACGUCAACACCGAAGUCAAAUCAAUCCUUGUCGGGCAAGGACAAAGGGAAGAAAACGCCAGUAGAAAAGAAGGCCACCACUGCGAACGGAGGAUCGACAGUGUUAAAUCCAUUUGCUCAGGCCAAGAAUAAGGCACGAUUGUCGUUGGAUUCGGGAGCAGGACAACAGAAACCCGAGAAAAAGGAUAAACUACGCCGGUCGCUGCCGUCACAGUUCGUGGAAGAGUCGAUGGAAGUUGAUGAAGCACCGAUGAAUGAGAACGUUGCAGAAGAACCAUCAAAACCAGACGACGAUAAGGAGAUGAAUGACGAAGUGGAGGUUGUGGAGAACCAAGAACCAGAGAACGGCAAACAACAGUCCAAGGCACCAAAACCAAAACGAAAGGCUCUUGAAGAUUACGAUCUUGCUAACAUAUUAUCUCGCUGCAACGAGGUCAUUCGUGAGGACAAAGAGCGUAAGAAAGAGGUUGCGUCCGCAAUUCGCAAGAAAAAGGAAGAGAAAAAGCGUCUGCGCGAGUUGGAGAAGCAGGAAGAACUCGAGGCGGCCAAGGCUGCAGCUGCCGCUGCUGCUGCUGCUGCUGGUUCCGGCGGUACAACAAACGGUGAUGAUGGUGGCUUAAACAGCAGUACAACCGGUAACGAUUCCCUCAGCCAGGGUGGAGAGGGCUUAAAGAAGAAAAAGAAGAGAAAGCCUAAGGUAAAGAACUAUCUGUUGGAUGAGCUGGCUGAAACGAGAAAGGAACGGUUGGAGCAGGCGCUGCGUCACAAGCUGGAAGUAAUCGAGCGCCGUAAGCAGCGUAAGAAGGAGCGCCAGCUUGAGCAACAGAAACAGUUGGACAAAGAAAAUGGAAACGCAACGGGCGCAAGCGGCGGCAUCGGAGCAAAGCUGGAAAAAAUUAAAAAGAAACAAAAAGCUAAAUCAAACCAGGAAUCCAGUGACAAAUCAAAGAGUCCACCGGUACGCGUAGCUCUGUCGGCGUUCGCGGUGUUUAAUCAAUUGCAGAAUCAUCCAGAACAGGUACAAUCUUUGGCAGAUAAAACACAAAAAUCAGAAAAAUCAGAGCUGAUGGCACCAGCAGUAGAGAAGAAACAGCACAAGAAAUCACCCAAGAAGGAGGAAGCUUCUGAUCCACAACCAGAAGCUAAAGAAGCUGCCAAGACGGAUAAGGUUGCUGUCGCCGAUGAGAAAGCAAAGCAAGCGAAUGCCCUUAAAGACUCCGAACAAACUAAGAAGAAAAAGCGAACGGAACGUCAACUCGAUGGAUCCGAUCCGUCUUUCUCCGAUGAGAAAAUAUUAAGCACGGAUGUCGUCGUAGCAGCUUCUACGAAGAAGGCGACGCCGGCAGUUCAAACUCAGUCCGAGUCGAGUGUUGUAAAGAGCGAUAGCAAAAUCAAUCCUCUCCUAUCAAAAUCUGCCAGUGAUGGAUUGGUGCAGGAAGUCGAGAAGCUGACGAAAAAACAAAAACGCAAAUUAGCAGCAAUGGAAACGACACCAACAAAUCCGCAAAAAGACGUUACGCCGGACGGUGUCCCCGCCAAGGAGAUGAAAGCGUCUAGCUUUGAAGAAGCUCAGACAAACUCUGUCGGUGCUAAGCGUAAGGAAAAGAUGCGAAAUCAAACGAUGGUGGAGUCGGAUACAGUUCCAAAGCAAAAGAAAAACAAAAAACAAACUACUCAGAACGGACAUGCAGAAGAUCACAGUAGUAACUUGGCUGGCGCAAAGUCAGCAAGUGCCAUGCAUGAGAACCACACAGAUGGCCAAGAAGUGGUAGAGAAGAAAAAGAAAAAGGCGAAAAAACAUCACGCAGUACAGCCAGAGAUCGACACGGACCAAGAUCAUAGCACGGUUGAGCAAUCGCGCAAAAAAACAGCUAUCCUGGAGCGAGAAUCCACCACGACAGCAUUAGCCGUGCCGACUAAGAAGCGCAAGCGAGAACAGACUGACAGUCCUGCUGCAACAGUCGCAUCAACACCGCGUCCGGCGAAACACACAAAGUUGCGCGUUCUGCAGCGUAUUGAAAGCGGCGGCUUCUUCGAAGAAAACGUGACACCCGACAAGAUACGGCUGAAGCGUAACUUUGGCUUCCAGGAGCAGCAGGCUACACCAGCCAAGCAGCUUGGCUUCAGAGUCUCUUCCCUGCUGCCGACCGAUCAGAAUGAGCUGCGGGCCGUGGCGUCAUCGUCCAAAACACAUUCCAAGGACGGACGGAUGAAGUCAAAGCUCGGAGGUUCUGUCCUAUCUGGACCGCCGAGCCGUAGCCUUCCGCUUCCGGUGUGGACCAGUUCGGGUGUAUUCAUCGAAUCCUCCGUGGACGACAGCAACGGCAACACUGAUGGAAAGCAGCGAAAGCAACAGCAAGGCUCCAAUCACAAGCCAGACACGGGGUAUAUCCAGUUGAAGGGUCAGGGAAAAGCAGAUUUCCGCCUCAAAACGCUGCGGCCAGGACCAGCGACAGAAAAACCCCAUCGCGUCGAUCCAAGCACUACCGAACAAUCUGUGCUGAACUUCAAGCGUAAACAGCUUUUGGAGAAGACAGCACAUCUGCGCGAAAAGAAGAAGAGCAAUCGCGUGUAGAACUCCUAUGUGCGGCACACGAUGAUUGAUCAUUGCAUCUUCUCUUCUAUGGGUUAUGUAUGUACAUAAGGUUUUGUUUUUUUUUCAAUUUUUCUUCAAUUAUUCGCAUUCACAUUAUCCUGUUUUAUUCAACGCUCACGAAGAGCCGUAGAAAUGAUCGUUGAUAAUAUUGCCUUAAAAACGAAUAAGGAACUAAACUAUAGAAAUAGAUGUUAAUAAAAUUGCGAUAAACUCAUGA